CGGUAAGUUACGCUCCAUCCAGCCUCCCGCCGUUCGCCCACUGGCAGGCGCCUCCGCCGUCCGCUGUGCGACCGCGACGUCUGGCUUGUCUGCCACGCAGCUUUCCUUGCAUUCCUCGCCGCCACCCAACACAGUCACGGCGUUGCCUGAUCAGUCCAGCCUGCUUCUUUUAGGUCCAGCGCUGAGCCCACUACAGCCCACCCCGUGCAGCCGGCCCCAACUCACCACUCAAACGAAGCCGCGGCCAGCGACUCCAAAGCGGCAAUCCCCACCCAGAUUCUGCGACCACAAAGAGUAAGGUCAAACCAAAGCCAAACACUCGUAACCACGACGCCGGCGAAUCGCAUCAUGGCCAGCGAAAUCACCGACCACGACCAGCACCCGUCGCCCUCGCACGACGAUGUGGGCAAUGGCAACGGCGCCCUCGUCCAAGGCGAUGCCAACCGCGGCACCAAGCGGCCACGCCCAGCGGCCGACGACGACGACGAUGAUGACGACAAGCCCGGCCGCGAAAGGCGGAAGAUCGAGAUCAAGUUCAUCCAGGACAAGUCGCGUCGUCACAUUACCUUUUCGAAGCGGAAGGCCGGCAUCAUGAAGAAGGCCUACGAGCUGUCCGUCCUCACUGGCACGCAGGUGCUGCUGCUCGUCGUGUCCGAAACCGGCCUCGUCUAUACCUUCACCACGCCGAAGCUCCAACCCCUCGUUACCAAGGCCGAGGGCAAGAACCUCAUCCAGGCCUGCCUGAACGCGCCCGAGCCUGCCUCCGCCGAUGCUAAUGGCGUCGACGACAGCGGUCCCGUCGACUCGCCCGAGGACAACCAUGCGCAGGUCCCGACCGGCCGCGCCCAGAUGCCCGGCGGCAACAUGCCUCCGCAAUACAUGACACCCGAGCAAGCGCUCCACUACCAGAGCUACCUCCAGCAACAGCAGCAGACGGCAAACCAAUACCCAAUGCCGCCGCAGGGAGGGAUGCCGCGACACCCUCAGCAACACUACCAGCCCGAUCAGAAAUUGAAUUAAAUGUCUUAAUGUUGCGUCUGUCGUAAUGUUGUUCUGCUAUACGACCGGUAGAAUGAUCCGAGGUCAUCAUCAUGUCUAACUCGAAUAUGGAUACCCUCUCCUAAUGGCGAAAAGUAAUAUCGGUGCAGCACGGCCCCUUAUGUCCAAGUGGUGCGUGAUUGAGGGCCACGUGAGGCUUGCUUUCGCGGAAGAAGUGAAGGCGAUGGACGGAGAAGAGGGCGGUUGGGGGUAUUUGGGCGAGAUGGUCUUGUCUGUCGGACGGAGUCAAUGGAGACGGAUUCUUUUUUGAUCUUGUUAACUCUUUCACUCAUCAAUUGUGUGUUUGAUUGAUUCGCUUCGGAUCAAGCAAGUAUGUAUUUUGCUCUGUCGCACCUAGCUUUUUUGAAAAUUCCC